GGAGAAACCGCAAAACUUGAACAAAGGUAGCCGAAGAAGCUAAUAAAUACUCUCUGUCUCUCUCACACAUUACAUGCUCACGCUUCUUUGUUUUUGAAGAACCAUUUCGUGUGCUCUUUGCUGCGUCGCGUAGCCGUCAGAAUCAGCAGAAUCAAGACACCAUGAACUCGCUUCCUCCUGCUGCUAAUGGUGGUUUGGCGAAGAGAAAGAGGGGUCGUCCACGCAGAGAAGAUACCACAACUCCAAACCCGGAGACGAACUUGUUAGGUAAGAUGGUGUCUGGUGUGCUCGAAGGAACUUUCGACGCAGGCUAUAUUCUUAACGUCAAGGUGAAAGACAGUGACAUCAGAUUCAGAGGUUUUUUGUUUAAUCCACGUAUGGUCCAACAAGUCACUCCAGAAACGGACCUGGCUCCUCAUCUUAAAAUGUAUGGAAAAGGAGAUAACAAGAGCAAUGAAACUGAUCAACCUCUCCCUACUGAUCAAGCAAGGAAUGAUGCUGCUGACACCACUGACUCGGAGUUUGCUGAAUCUGCUCAAGCGUUGACACUGUUGCAGCAGGGGUGCAAUGUAAGAUUCCCGGUGCCACCAAAGGAAGCUACUGCUCAGAAAGAUGGAGUCAAUGCACAAGUAGCGAAUCGGCUAAUGGAGUUUUUUCCAACUCCAGUCUCGACCGUUGGCACUGCUCAAGGACCAAGUCGUGGCGUGGUACAGAAUGAGGUUCGCGGAUUCGACCUUAUGAUCGUGGAACCUGUUUCUCAAGGAGAGUACGUGCCAGAAGAGCUUCAGCUAGAGCUUGGAAACAGGUCAACAUCAAGUGGCGAGAUGAACAAGUAGCAGAGCUGCUUGAAGGAGAGAAGAAGGAAGAUUGAUAGCAACAUGGAAGAAGAAGCUACUUCUUAAGUGUAGGAGUUGAAACUCUGUUCGGUUGUUUAUGUGUAACAGACCUCAAUUGUAUUUUCUGUUGUCUUCUCCCUCAGUUUAUGUUUUACAGACUUGAGUUAUAUCUGUUGUAAUACAAUGUUACGCAAACAUUUAUUUUUAGUUAUCUUUUCAUCUAA